ACAGCAUCACUCCCAUGUGUAUUGGGAACCUUAGCGACUACCACUCACAUUAUAUAUCUUAUUACUUUUUACAGCUACCACUGCAAACAUGUCGCUGUCUAAACGGGCCUCAGCAUUAACCAACCCCAACCCGGUCCUCGCUGCCCUCGCCAACCUCUGGGACGCCAAAACCAACCCGGACGGCUAUCUCAGCUUGGGAGUCGCUGAAAAUACCCUUCAACAUGAAUUAUUAUCCAAACACAUUCAUAAGAACCUCGCCGUUCCAAAUGAAGCCUUUACAUACGGCGACGGGUGCAAGGACCUAGGCGACAGCAUGGCACGCUUUUUGAACCGCAAGCUGAACCCAGUCAAGCCGCUGGAGAGAUCGCACAUUGUGAUAACCAAUGGCUGCACUGUUGGUAUAGAGCAUGCGGCCUGGCUAUUUACUGACCCUGGAGAGGCUAUUCUCCUUGGUCGUCCCUACUACACGGCGUUCCUGGACGAUGCUACGCUGCGCACCGGAUCCAAGAUUGCAGAGGUCAGCUUCAAGGGAACAGACGCUCUGGGGCCCGGCUGCGUAGAGCGCUAUGAAAAGGAGAUUGACAAUAUUGAAGCCAGAGGCGAGAGAGUGGGUGCCCUUAUUCUCUGCAAUCCGCACAAUCCUCUUGGCCGAUGCUACGCUCGUGACGUCGUUGUUGAGAUUAUGAAACUCUGCCAGCGCCGCAAACUGCAUCUUAUUAGUGACGAAAUCUACGCCUGCUCCAUAUGGGACAAUGUCGUUGAUACAGAGCCAGCGCCAGAACCCUUUGUCUCCGUCUUGGCUAUUGAUCCUACGGAUAUUAUUGACCCCGAGCGAGUCCAUGUUCUCUGGGGCAUGUCCAAGGACUUUGGCGCAAACGGUAUCCGAAUGGGCGCUCUGAUAUCGCAGCAUAAUCAGGAAGUUCACCAGCGUCUACAGCCUCUGGGACUCUUUGGCUCAACCUCGUCGCUUGCUGACCACGUCACCACAAACAUCCUAAACGACGACGCCUGGGUAGACGACUACCUUGCGAGCAACAGCCGUGCACUAUCCGAUAGCUACGCAUACGUCACAUCAUGGGCGAAGAAGCACCAUAUUCCCUACGCUCCUGGCGCCAAUGCAGGCUUCUUUGUGUGGCUCGACUUUGGAGCUGCCUAUGUCAAGCACCACCCAGAAGCACAGAACGCAGACCUAGACCAAGUGAUUAUGGAUGCAUUACUCAAAAAUAGAGUAUUUCUAGCAGCAGGUUUCCGUUUUGGAGCAGAAGAAGCGGGCUGGUACCGUAUUGUCUUUUCACACGAGCGGGCGUACCUUGACGAGGGCCUGCGGCGUAUUAUCCAAGCCCUUGAGGGGCCAAGCAUGGACCGACUCACAAUAGCAUAGACUAACUGACUGCCCACCAUAAUAGAACACAACCGUCACAAAAAAGAACUCUCU